AUGCCUAACUACGAUAGCGACUCAUCUGAUGAAGGAGCUGACUACUCUACCACAAAUGUCACCUUGGGUUAUGCCACUACAGAACCCACCGGCGACGACAUCAGUCAUCUUGGAGGCCACCCCACCUGGCUCGACGCCCAAAGCCCUCCGCCUGCUGCCCUUGCCAAAUGCAAAGUCUGUGAUGGUUAUAUGUCUCUUUUGCUACAGUUGAAUGCAGACCUGCAACAAUUUUUCCCCCAUGACGAACGGCGUCUGCAUCUUCUUUGCUGUCGGAAGAAGUCCUGCUCCAAGAAAUUUGGGAGUAUCCGAGCCUUUCGAGAAGUCAAGAAGCCCGAAGCAAGAGAGAAGAAAGAGACCAAGAGCACAGAGAUACCGCAAGAAGAGCCACAACCCGAUCUGGGAACUGCAUUGUUUGGAGGGACAAGUCCUCGCUCACAGCCAAAUGGCGUCAAUCCCUUUGCCUUGGGCGGUGGUGGAACGCUCUCUGGUUCUAUAAACCCCUUCGCCACCAUCGCAUCACCCUCAACGCUUGCAUCGAAACCUCCACAAACACCUGUCGAUGAUUCCCAGCCACCAGUCGAAUCGUUUGCCUCCAAAUUGAAGAUUGGGAUCGAGUCCAGACCAGAAUCCGGGAACCAGAAUACGACCGAGCCAUGGCCGGAAGCCUCAGAUUUUCCUCCACCUUUCACCUCGUUCCACCUUGAUGCAUAUCCUGAGGAUUUAGAGAAAGAGACGGAUGCAAACGCCAGUGCCGAAGCAUCUAAAGCGAAGUACGACACAGAAGACAGUGGUGGAGGUCUUGACAAAGACACAUUUGAAUCAUCGCUCGAUAAGACGUUUCAAAAAUUCUCUGACAGGGUGGCUCAAAACCCCGAACAAGUGCUACGUUACGAGUUCAAGGGUGAACCACUACUCUACUCGGGUGCAGAUAAUGUAGCAACUCGAUUUGUUGUUCCUCACGGGAAAUCUGGAGCUAUCAGGGGUAUGCCUCGUUGUGAAAGCUGCGGAGCCCAGAGAGUGUUUGAACUGCAACUUGUUCCUGGUUUGAUCUACGAACUCGAGAAAGACGAGGCUAUGGAUUUAGAGGAUGGGAUGGAAUGGGGCACAAUCAUCCUUGGGACAUGUGCAAACAACUGCGGUGAUGCAGGAAAAGUGGCUUUCCGAGAAGAAUGGGUUGGUGUCCAAUGGGAGGAGAGGGUUGCCAGGAAAUAA